AUUCCAAGCUUAAUACUGCUGCGUAAAAAUCAUAUACAUUAAAAUCAAAAGUUGUGUGAGUUUAAAUCAUGUUAACUGUGGUGCGAAGAGCGCAGCACGAGCACAAACUGUUGCUAUCCCUAUGCAAAAGCUACCAGAAUUGUUUGUGCACUUUAUCAACCGCACCGGCAAGUCGUUCUUGUGCAUUUAAUAAACUUAGCAAGAGUUUCUCUCAGCGUUCAUUUGGUGUGUAUAGAAAAGAGAAGAAAGUUAUUAAAAUGGCAGAACUUCCCUGUGAGAUGAAGCAAUUGUUUCAGUUUGUCAAUAGCAAGCAAGCUGAUUACAUCGAGACCCUGCGCACCGCUGUGGCCAUUCAAUCCGUCUCGGCAUGGCCCGAGAAGCGCGGUGAGAUUGACCGCAUGGUCAACUGGACAGCUGAUAAGCUAAAGGCGCUUGGCACCGAAAUCGAGCUGGUGGACUUGGGCAAACAAAAGCUGCCCACAGGACAGGAGAUUCCACUGCCAAAGGCAUUGCUGGGCAAACUGGGCAAUGAUAAGGCCAAGAAGACUGUGCUGGUCUAUGGACACUUGGAUGUGCAGCCUGCGCUGAAGGACGAUGGCUGGGACACUGAACCUUUUGUGCUGACUGAAAAGGAUGGCAAGCUGUUUGGACGCGGUGCCUCCGACGAUAAGGGACCUGUGCUCUGCUGGAUUCAUGCCAUUGAAGCUUAUCAGAAGUUGAACAUGGAGCUGCCUGUGAAUGUCAAGUUUGUGUUUGAGGGCAUGGAGGAAAGCGGCAGCGAGGGUCUGGAUGAUCUGUUGAUGUCGCGCAAGGGAGACUUCUUGGCUGAUGUAGACUAUGUCUGCAUUUCCGACAACUACUGGCUGGGCAAGAAGCGUCCAUGCUUGACCUAUGGCCUGCGUGGUCUGGCCUAUUUCCAAGUGGAGAUCGAGUGCGCUAGCAAAGAUUUGCAUAGCGGCGUCUUUGGCGGCACUGUGCAUGAAGCUAUGCCUGAUCUCUGCUAUCUGCUCAGCACGCUGGUGGAUAAGGACACCAACAUUCUGAUUCCAGGCGUUAAUCGUGAUGUGGCGCCCCAAUUGCCCAAUGAGCUUGAAAUCUACAAGAACAUAGACUUUGAAGUGAAUGAAUACAAAAAAGACAUUGGCACCGAGCACUUGCCGCACAAGAGCGACAAGACGCGCCUGCUCCAAGCCAGAUGGCGUUAUCCCAGCCUUUCCAUUCACGGCAUUGAGGGCGCUUUCUAUGAGCCUGGCGCCAAGACUGUCAUUCCCAAGAAGGUCAUUGGCAAGUUCUCCAUUCGCCUGGUGCCACAUCAAGAUCCCGAUCACAUCAAGGAGUGCGUGGAGAAGUACGUCAAUGAGAAGUGGGCUGAGCGUGGCUCACCCAACAAAAUGAAGGUUGUCAUGCUCUCAGCUGGCAAGCCCUGGACUGAGGAUCCCAAUCAUCCCCACUACGAAGCCGCCAAGCGCGCCAUUAAGCACGUCUUCAAUGUUGAUCCCGAUAUGACACGCGAGGGCGGCUCCAUACCAGUGACAUUGACUCUACAGGAAGCCACAGGCAAGAAUGUCAUACUCGUGCCCGUUGGCGCUUGCGAUGAUGGUGCUCAUUCCCAGAACGAGAAGAUUGAUAUUUACAACUAUGUAGAAGGCACCAAAUUGUUGGGCGCUUACUUGCAUGAGGUUGGCAAGCUUUAAGUGAUUCCAGUGGCAUACAACAUCACGUGCAACAUCACAAUCUAUGCGCCUUAAACGAAUAUUACAGAAUUAUUUUUUUAAUCACAUUUUAUAUG